CAUGAUUUGUACGGAAGAGCUAUUUGCCUCCAGAAAUAAUACCCUACACAAGGACUGUUCUCCAGAUUGUUCUGGAAGGAAGAGAGUCAGAAGAAUUCCCCUCAGAAGAAGCUACUGCCGGCUGAGAGGCUGUUGCCCAGGCAGAGAUGACAACUGCAUCUUUCAAUACAAUGUCAGAAAUGCCACAUGCUAUUGUGAUGAAUUUUGCACUUCGGAUCCGCCUGAUUCUAUUGACUGUUGCCCAGACUUCUGGCUGGUUUGCCGCAAGCAUGCUCCAGAGCAUUUAAGACCACAGGAACAGCAAUGGGGUUGCAUCAAAGACGGCCAGCAUCAUGAAGAAGGAACAACAUUUAAAGAUAACUGCAACAGUUGGUAA